GGUGCUGGGAGCAUUACCGAGAUUAGUCCACCUGAUUUUAGUGUGGGAGGAAAGUUUAGAAAAAUGAACUUCUCUUCCUUCCCCAAUCUUGUUCGCCUUAAUCUUAGCCAUCAAGGACUCUAUGGGAGCAUCCCACCUCAAAUUCGUCAUCUUACAAGACUCGAGCACCUUAAUCUGUCCAACAACCAUCUAACAGGUACAUUGCCUUCUUCACUUGGAAAUCUCACUCAAUUACGGAUACUUGACGUAUCUUUCAAUUAUAUAGACUCCAUCUCCCCAAAAUUUAGGGAUUGGAAGAAUCUUGUUUCUUUGAACUUGACUUGGAACAACCUCAAUGCAUCCAUUGCUCCAAUUAUAGGCCUUGCCACCAAUCUUUCCCACUUGGAGUUGGCCUCAAAUACUUUUAAUUGUAAUAUCCCUCCAGAAAUAUGGAACUUGAAGAGUCUUGUAGCCUUAGACAUGAGUGAUUGCUCCCUCAAUGGUCCAAUCUCUUCCAACAUCAGUCAUUUAACCAAUCUGGUUUCUUUGUCUCUUGCACACAAUCAAAUCAAUGGAUCCAUACCUUCAGAAAUAUGGAACUUGAAGAGUCUUGUAGCCUUAGACAUGAGCGAUUGCUCCCUCAAUGGUCCAAUCUCUUCCAACAUCAGUCAUUUAACCAAUCUGGUUUCUUUGUCUCUUGCAAACAAUCAAAUCAAUGGAUCCAUACCUUCAGAAAUGGGAAAUUUAAAGAACUUGGUUUCUUUGGAUCUAUCUGAAAACUUGUUUGUGGGUCCAAUACCAUCCCGUCUUGGACAAUUAACCAGUUUGACAUUUCUAGAUCUCAGUUUCAAUUCGUUUAGUGGCUCCAUCCCUCCAGAAUUUGGGGAAUUGACGAAUCUCACUCAUCUCCGCAUCAAUCGCUGCGGACUUGUUGGUCCGCUCCCUCCAACUUUGGGUCAAAUCCCUCCAUCUUUGGGUCUCUUGUUCAAUUUGUCAGUUUUGAAUCUUGAUUCAAAUCUUUUAGAAGGUUCAAUACCCAAAGAGAUUGCGCAUUUGAAAUCUUUGCAGAAUUUGCACCUUUCCCAAAACAAAUUGUGUGGAGACCUCCCUUCUGAAAUAGGAAAUAUGAAGAAUCUACAUAUUUUAGAUCUUAGUGCUAACAAUUUCACUGGUUUUAUUCCUUUCACUCUAGGCCCAAUCCCAGCAGCUUUGGCUGGUUUUCCACUUAACUCUUUUAUAGGCAACCCAGCAACUGAAGAUUUCGACAUUCGGUAUUGCAUUGGUACUGGUGGCUAUGGUAGUGUUUACAAGGCACAAUUGCCAAAUGGCAAAGUAGUUGCCUUAAAAAAACUUCACCGAAGGGAAUCAGAGGUACCCACUUUUGACAGGAGUUUUAGGAAUGAAGCUACGAUGUUGACAGAAAUACGACAUAAGAAUAUUGUCAAGCUUCAUGGGUUCUGUCUGCAUAGACAGUGCAUGUUUUUGAUCUAUGAAUACAUGGAAAGAGGAAGCUUGUUUUGUGUUCUCAGAGAUGAUGCUGAAGCUGUGGAAUUGGACUGGAUGAAAAGGGUGAACGUCAUAAAAAACACAGCACAUGCUUUGUGUUACCUUCACCAUGACUGUAUCCCACCCAUCCUUCAUCGGGACAUAUCAAGCAACAACAUUCUAUUAAACUCGGAGUUAGAGGCUUUUGUUUCUGACUUUGGAAAUGCGAGGCUUUUGGAUCCUGAUUCAUCUAAUCAUACCACACUUGCUGGCACCUAUGGCUAUAUUGCCCCAGAGCUUGCCUAUACAAUUGUUGUGACUGAGAAAUGUGAUGUUUAUAGCUUUGGGGUUGUAGCAUUGGAAGUACUAAUGGGAAGGCAUCCUAGAGAACUGUUGACAUUGUUAUCAAAACCAUAUUCUUUGCAAAAUGUGAUGCUAAGUGAUGUAUUGGACACACGUCUAUCGCCUCCAAGAAGCAGAAAUGUUAUCCAAAGUAUUGUUGUUGCUGCUAUGCUUGCAUUGGCUUGCUUGCGUGCCAAACCCAAGUCCAGACCAACAAUGAAAUAUGUGUCUCAACAAUUUGUUGCCUGCCAAAAACAGCUUUUGAAGCCUAUUUCAACUAUUUCUUUGUUGGAACUUGUAAGUUCCGAUUUGGGGAUGGAAAAUGGAAGGGAACCUCAAUCGGGAAUUGUAUUAGAACUUGCAAAACUAAAUACUAAUUUGGGGAUGGAAAAUGAAAGAGAACCUCAUUCAGAAGUUUCAUUUCAUCUAGAUGAGUUCCAUGGUUCUUCCUCAAAUUAGAUACAAUCGAGUUUCCUUGUCCCCCUUUUUUUUUUUUUUGAAAAAAUAAUUCUGUUUGUCUAUUUCAUGCUUUUCUUUUCUGUAUUAAUAUGUUGAAAUUGAAUACCACCUUGUUUUGUAUAUAUUUCUCAACCAGGACUACAAAUUUUUUGUACUGAAACACAUGAAUGUUCCAAUACAAAGUUCGGCACUCA